UACAGAGGAACAAGUCCAGUAGAUGACAAUGGAGGAGCUCCGGCUUUUUGAUUUGGUUGACUGGGCAAUUUUUGUCGUGAUGCUCGGGGUGUCGGCUGCUGUCGGGGUUUACUACGCCUGGAACGAUCGCAAAACACCUGAUGCCGUCGCCGAGUACCUGGUGGGAGGAAAGACCAUGAGGGUAUUUCCAAUCAGUAUGUCUCUCAUUGCAAGUUACAUCUCUGGAAUAGCUCUUUUGGGAUUCCCUGCAGAGAUGUAUGUGUAUGGCACACAAUUGUGGGCAACUGUGAUUGGAGAUGCUCUCGUAUCACUCACCAUGGCUAUUGUGUACUUACCCGUGUUCUACGGUCUACAGAUCACAUCUUCCUAUGAGUACCUGGAACUUCGUUUCAGUCCUGCAGUUCGACUUUUGGGAUCCAUCAUAUUUCUCAUAAAAAUGUUGCUCUAUAUUCCAAUAGUGGUGUACGUACCAGCACUAGCCUUCAAUCAUGUGACCGGAAUUGAUAUGCACAUAGUUUCUCCAAUCGUUUGCGCUGUCUGCAUCUUCUACACUACUUUGGGUGGACUGAAAGCAGUCGUAUGGACAGACACAAUCCAAACGAUUGUCAUGUUCGGUGGAGUUAUAAUUGUCGCUAUUCUCGGUACAAUAAAAGCUGGUGGAUUCAGCCAAGUGUGGAGUAGAAAUGUCCACUCCGGGAGAAUCGAGUUCUUCAACAUGGAUCCAGAUCCCACAAUUAGACACACAUUUUGGAGUGUAGUGGUGGGUAAUUACGUCAAUUGGCUCGCCUCCUGCUCGGUAAACCAGAUGAUGGUGCAGCGAUGCUUGUCAAUGCCAAACCUGAGGAAAGCAAAAAUAACAAUCAUCAUCAUGGCUGUAGGGAUAAUAUCAAUAGUUUCUCUCAGCUGCUACACGGGAACAAUAAUCUACGCUGCAUUUCACGACUGCGAUCCAGUGAAAACUCACCAAAUACGUAAGCCGGAUCAACUGCUGCCAUUCUUCGUGAUGAAAAUAGCCCAGUCCGUUCCUGGUCUCCCCGGGGUUUUUGUCUCUGGUGUAUUCAGUGCUGCUUUGAGCACGAUGUCGACGGGUUUGAACUCAAUGUCGGGAGUUAUUUACGAAGAUAUGAUAAAUCCGUUGUUGAAGAGGCCCUUGUCUCAAGUGGCUGCCAGUCGGCUAAUGAAACUUCUCGUUGUUUUCAUCGGCACCAUUUGCGUUGGACUUGUAUUUCUCGUGGACAAACUCAGUGGAUUGAUCCAAGCAGGGAAGAGCCUCUCGGGCAUAACGGCCGGACCAUUGCUUGGAAUUUUCACUUUGGGCAUGUUUUUCCCUCAAGCAAACUCGAGGGGUGCUCUGGUUGGAGCGGUCCUCAGUCUGAAUCUAGUCGCCUGGAUAUCAUUGGGCACUCAGGCAGCUCUGGCCAAGGGAGUUAUCACAUACCCCAUGAAACCGGUAUCGACCGACGGAUGCUCUCCAGAAAUCCAGAAGAGAUUCUCUAAUUUUUCGGGAAUUCGGAAGGAUGCUAUAACGGUGGAACCAUUUUUCCUGUACCGAUUGUCGUAUCUCUGGUACACGUGGAUAGGAUUUCUGACGGCCAUUCUCGUCGGCCUCUUUGUGUCCUGGUUGACUGGGACCAACAAAUAUCAACAGGCGGACAAAAAACUAUACACUCCGAUUGUCCACAGAUUUUUGUUCCCAACGAAUCCAGACAAAUUGGUUACCACGGAGUUGAGGAAAAUCAAUGGUGAAGGUAGAAGCAAUCAACGUGCCACAAAUAGUUAAAAAAUAUAAUAAAAUUCUAUUUUAGAUUACUCUUGUGCAAUUAUCAUUGAAACCUG